UCUAACAGCCAUAUGCAGAGAUCUCACUUUAUCUUUAAGGGUCCCUCAAACGCAAAAAGUGGCCCUAAGUACCGUGCAAGAACCUCCCUUCUACUUCACUUCAUCACGGCACCCUAGAUUUCAAGUGAAGGAAGCUGUCAUACUUUAGGCCGCCCGAUCCGAGCCUUAAGGGACCCUAAAUUAAGAUGGCGGUCAUUAUUUGAAAAAAAUAACUCAUUUAAUUAAACUUCUACUGUAAUAUAAAGAGGAAUUGGGCUUGCGCUGCUUGUAAAUAAUGAUAAUUAUUUAAAAUGAAUGUGUAGGAAGAGUUUUGUUGCAUAUGCGGCUCUUUUAAAUAUUCUAGUGUUAAAACAACUUAUCCCAUAUCCACCCAGACCAUCUUUGUUUACAUUUUGAAGUGCUUACUUUAUUUACUAGAAAAUAGCCGUUUCGUAAGUGAUUUCUAAACAUUAUUGUGUGUUCUUAGAGUAAAUAAAGUACUGUGUGAGUUUAUAUUUGCUCUGAUGGAUGACCCGAGAUUGUUUGACGAAGAAUAUUUAGAUUUUAUUCAACGGGUCGAAAAUAGAGAAAACCAUCAUCCCCGACGGUAUUUACGUGAUGGUCAAAAUCCUUGCGAAUUCUUCUCCGACAUCGAAUUCGUCAAACGUUUUCGAUUUUCUAAACAGAUUGUGAUGGACACUAUUGUGCCUCUUGUUGCUGCCGACAACAAUGAUAGGAGAGGAUUGCCAUUGCCACCAGUUCUUAAAGUUGUAAUAGCCUUGCGAUUUUAUGGCAGCAAUAGUUUUCAGAAUGUAUGUGGUGACCUAUGCCAUGUCAAUCAAGCAACAGUGUCAAGGAUUGUAAAGGUUGUUUCUGCACAAUUGGCCGAGCACCUUUUGGAGUAUGUUUAUUUUCCUGGACGGCAGCAACUUCAAGAAUACCAUAGGCAGUUCUAUGUAAAUGGUGGCUUUCCUGGUGUAACUGGGUGCAUAGACUGCACUCACAUUGGCAUUAGAAGCCCUGGUGGCCAGUUUGCAGAACUCUACCGUAAUAGGAAGGGUUACAUGUCUCUCAAUGUUCAGGUUGUCUCAGGUCCUAACCUUGAGAUUCUUGAUAUUGUGACAAGGUGGCCUGGCAGUACACAUGACUCAAGGAUUUUCAGCAACAGCCGGGUGAUGACUCGUUUUGAAAAUAGAGUUCUGCCAGGAGUACUGCUGGGAGACAAUGGCUAUCCUCAACUGCAUUUUCUUUUUACUCCAAUACUGGUGCCAAAUACAGUUGAGGAAACUCGCUACAAUGUAGCCCACAAGCGGACCCGGAAUACAGUAGAAAGACUGUUUGGAGUAUGGAAGCGGAGGUUCUCAUGCUUGGGACACAAGCUACGCUCAAGUCUCCAUACUACCAGCAGGGUCAUCGCUGCAUGUGCUGUUUUGCAUAAUAUAGCUGUUGCACGUGGUGAGCCACUGCCACCUCCUCCAGCUGACGAGGAGCACUUCAUGCCUGCUGUUCCUGUUGCAAAUGCGGCACCACGAAAUAAUCGUGGAGUUGAAGUGCGUGCAGAUUUUAUUCAGCGAAACUUUUUCUGAAUUUCGUUGAUUUAUUUUGAGUAGAUUGAAAACCCUGUCUUACCACCAAUGUUAUUUUUUAAUCAACAUGUAAUCACAAAAGCAAACGGCGUAGAAUCUAUACUAAUAUUAUAAAACUGAAGAGUUUGUUUGUUUGGACGCGCUAAUCUCAGGAACCACUGGUCCGAAUUGAAAAAUUAUUUCAGUGUUGGAUAGUACAUUUAUUGAGGAAGGCUAUAGGCUAUAUUAUAUUAUAUUAUCAAUAACAUUAGGGAUUCUUACUAAAAGUCCAAUUUAGAAUCAAAUGUGUUGGAGGGGGUUAGAUACAACAUGCAGUACACGUACGAAGUGUGUGUUGACAAUGCCGCAGGCGCUAGAAGUUUAUUUCCUAUUGCAUAUUAACAUUGUUGCCACGCACUAGAUGCCUUAUCAUUCUUAAUUUUCCCAUACAAGUAAAAAACACCCGUGUGAUAUUAACAACGAAGCAAUCAGUACCGUCAUAAGAGUUUUUUAGUAUUUAAAUACUUUUUAUCACUUUAAAUCACAAACCUAAACUAUUGUUUUUUUUCCUCUCUCUGUGUUUAAUUUGAUUUUUUUAUUAACAUUUUUUUUUCAAGUAUAUACAUUUUACAGACUUGAAACUUCACAGUAAUGUUCCUUAUGUUACGCAGGAUGACAUUUUCCGAAAAUUAGAUCCCAUGGGUGGUUAAAACCAGGAAACAGUGGGUACUUUGUCUGCAUGAGAACAAGAUUUUGCAUUGUUGAUGCCUUCUGCAUCUCCAUGGCAACGGGCAUCGCGCGGCAGUGGUGUACCCACAAGGAGGGGCAUGUAUAAUGAGUGGCGCAAGAGUGAUCUGCCUGUAGACUGCCGUAGCGAAGUACGGGUACAUCAGUUGUACGUUGCGUGCACGAGUCGGGAAACCAUCGGUGCUAUUCAUUUUCUCUCCGGUACAUUAUACAGCAUUGUAAUAAAUUUUCACUGAAUUUUUUUUACAAUUACUGUAAAUGGGAGCUGUGGCUUAAUUUUUUUCCAUUAGUAUAGCCGUGCGAAGCCGGGUCGGGCAGCUAGUUUUAAACAUAAUUCCUUAAGUUAUUUUUAAUAUAAUGCGUUGUUUGCUUUGUAGUGACAUGGUAAUAGGCCUCCUGGGGAACUCGCCAUGUAAAAUAAAGAGUAACGAGUUGAGUGCUGUACCUCCGGAUGUUUACCACCCAUGGUAGACCUCUAGGGUCUAACACUUGUGGUAGAUAUCCAAGGUGAUUUGGAAACUGGCACAGACAGGUAAGUAGUGCCUUUUUUGUUUCAUUUUUGCUACUUAUUGUGUAUCUAUGCUUCUUAAAGGUAUUCCUAGAAUGAAUGUGUUUGUAGCACAAGGAAUUUUAACCUUGCUGCAUUAUACAUUCAAAGAUGCUUUAAAACAUGAUCAGUCUUGUUAAUUCCUACAUUUACACAAUAAUACCUGAAUAUGGAAGUUACAUGAUUAUCUUUCGAUACUUCUCUGUAUUAGCUUAUUGUCUCACAAGAUAUAUUCAGGAAUUAAAAUUUCAUUUUAAAUCAUUCACUUUUACAAAGAGUAAUGUGUAGAAAGUAAAAUUCUUAAAUAAAAUUUGGAACUAUUAUGUAUUUUGUUGUUUUUUGUGUUUAAACUUUUAAUAAAAUUGGAAUGAGCUAAAGCCUUUGUUUAGUUAUGAAACUGAACAUGCAGAAUAUUUACUGACAUUAAUGCAUACAGUACCAUCAAGUAAUUCAGCUGAUGAUAAAUUAUAAAAAAAAUAAUAAUUUAAUUCCUUCUACACAUCAGAUGAGUUCUUAACCCAGAGUAGAGUAUUUUGUUGUGUAUUUAUAAUGUCUAAUAAGUUCUCACUAGUAUGCAUUUAAAAUUAACAUUUUUCAAAACAUUCCAUAUGCCACAUCACAAUGUUUUAAAUGAAAUUUACAGAAAAGUGGCUUCUGGGAAGUAAGACAAGUAAUAAGUGAAAGGUUGAUUAGGUUACUCAUAUUAUUACAUAUUAAAGUAUUACUUACAUAUUAAAUACUUAUUAUUAAUGUUUCUGACUUAACUUUAUAAACCUUUUACAUAAGUAGGUAUUACCCUUAUUUCCCAGAAGCUGCUUCUCUACAAAAAUUACCAUAUUGUGAACCAGUCCUAAAUUAUGUCAUCCAAUUUAGCUUCAUACUCCUUGUGAACCAUUUAUGAAUCCUAAUUCAAUGCCCAUAAGUUCACCUAUGAGUACUACAUUUUCUGUAUGGCUAGGUUUACUAUUCCUUGUAAACUGUGUUAUGAAUUUUAAUAGGAUAUGUCUUAACUGUAUAACCAGUUAUUGUGAAUAGCUGAUUGUUUUACCAGCAACCUUGUUUUACUGCAGAAAAACAAUUGUAAGGAUGUUUUUGGAUAUUAUGCAGUCAUCACUUAGGUAAAUUGUUGCAAGGGUGAUUUUGACUACACACUAAAUGCUACGUAAUUGGAGAGAAAGUAAAAACUAAGUUUAUUUAUGCAUAAACAAUUUGUAUUGAUGGUUAGUUAUAUUUGAUUAUCUUUAUUAAAAAUAAGUAGUGUGCUUAGAAUAUAAUUGGAAAUCAUUUCUGGAAUAAAGAAUAUGACCCAGAUUUACCCCAGAUUAAUAUUUAGUAGCAAUGAUGCUACAAAUUGACCUAAUUUGGUAAAUAAAAUGAAUUAUAUAGACACCAAAAAUUUCACUUUGUAAUAAAUAAGAACAAUACCCAAUUUAUAAGGUGUACAGGAGACAUUUGCAACCACACAUUGCAAGUAGUGUCACAGAUAACUUUAAUUGAAAUAGAUCAGUAAGAGAAGCUAAAGGACACUUUUUUACCAUUAAAAAAUAUUGGCAUGCACAUUUAGCAUAAUUGGAACAAGACGAUACUUACCUGACUGUGCCAGUUUCCAAAUCACCUUAGAUGUCUACCACGUGUGGUAAACAUCUGGAGGUAUAACACUCAACUCGUUACUCUUUAUUUUAAAUGGCGAGUUCCCCAGGAGGCCUAUUACCAUGUUAAUGCGAAGCAAACAAUGCAGUAUCUUAAAAACAAAAAAAAAAAAUUGUUUUUAAAACACUACAUCAUUUGCUUCCGUGAGGAUCUUGAUGCGCAGCUUAUGUAGCUCGUCAGCGUGUCGCAUUUGCUGUGCGUGCAGCUCAGCCCUACGCUGUUCUGCCAUGAGCUCAAAUUUAAUAGCUCGUUUCUCAGCUUCCACUGCUCGAGCCGCUUCUGCCUGCUCGUUUGCAAGGCGCUGCUCUUCUGCCUCUGCCAUUGCCUUACUUGCUCUCAACUUAAGCCUGUGCUCAGCCUGUUGCAUUGCGAGAACUCUCCGUGCACGCUUGUCGGCUCGCUCAAGGUUUAAAAACCUGCGCUCCACCUCCACAUCAAUUGCUGGUUUAUUUCUAGCACGAAAACCAGAAACAGGUGUUGGUAGAACAAUACUAUGAGGUUCUUCUUGUGAUGCAUUCACAAGUAAGCUGCCAGUACUGAGUGCACCAGAGCCAGUAUUGUUAGACUGUGGCAUCACAAUUUCU